UAUAACAGUUAAAAAUGAAGCAACAUAUUUAGGUCUGAUUAUCUGCAAAGAUCCAAAAGACAGAAUUUUACUAAAUGUUGGCAAAGAGAGGAAGUGACGUAGGACUUGCGCAUGCACACAGUGCAUUCAGGUCAUAAUUAAAGUAGAUGGGACAGGAUUUUUAAAAUGUAAAAAAAAAAAGAGAGAGAAACAAAGAAAGAAGAAGGAAAUGAAGUUGUGGGUACUAAGCAGUGAGGUGUCGGCUGUGCUAGUUAUUCUGCAGUAUUGUGGUAAAGUUUGCUGUGAUGCACUAUGCUGAAGUGAUGCAUAGCUGCUGUGGUUUUCCUGUCAGUGUGAGACUGCAGCAAGCGUACAAAACCCCGUGCAAAUUCCAUAUGUACGGGGUAAAUAGUUAAGACACCCCACGAGGAGACAGUGCAACUGAAAUAUACCAACUUUUUUGUUUUUUGCUUUUUGCUACCCGAUCCGUACCGGAAACCCUGAUCGGUACUUCCGCUCAAAGCAUUUUGCGAUAGUUACGGGUCAGAGUAACUGUUUAGAUGUUAACAAUAAUAAGUAUAUGUUAAAAUGUUUGCAGUAAUGAAACACUGCAAUAUAAUGUAGACAAAAAUGAAAAAUAAAAAGAUAGUUACGGAUCAGGACUCCCCGAUCCUUACUGCGCAUGUGCAAAAUCGGACCGUACAAAUCAGGUCUGGCCAAUGACUGUAUAAAAGGAAAUGAGGAAGGAAGAACAGUUCUAGACCUCAUUCGUGUGAAUAAACGGGAGCUGGCCCAAGGAGCAGAGCCCACACACCUGAAGACGACAUUCAACAACAGACUUUGCCUCUUCAACCUGACUUUUUGACAGCUAAAGAUGUGUACUCUGGUGCAAAAUGAAAAAUGGCUUAAGGAUUACCUGGAUGAGCUAAGUGACUCUGAGCUAAAGCGCUUUCAGUGGUACUUGGCUCUGAACAUGAGAGAAGGAUCCCGACCUAUCUUGAGGUUCCAGCUGGAGAAUGCUACCAGAGAAGACACUGUUGACAAGCUGGUGCAAGUUUACAGCAAAGAUGGUGCUGUAGAGGUUACAAUCGACAUUUUCUUUAGGAUGAAGUUCAAUGACCUCGCAAUAAAGUUAACCGAAGAAAAAUCACGCCGGACACCUUCUAAUCCUACACUCCAUAUGCCCAAAACAGUCAUACCUAAAGAACUCGACUUUAAGAAUAAGAAAAAAGAAAAGUCAUUCUCCAACAUAAUGGAAGAAAACAAGUCAAGUGAUGAAGAAUUGGAAAUCAUCACAAAGAGUGGACAAGAAUCAUCUGUCACUGAUGAUAUAUCUUGUCCAAUUUGCUUAUGUAUUUUCACUGAACCUGUGACGCUGCAGUGUGGCCACAGCUUCUGUAAGGACUGUGUGCAAGACCACUGGAGAGUGAAAAAAGAUAAAAAAUGCUCAAUCUGUCGUCAAGUCAUCUACAAUCCUGAACCUCCGUCUAAUUUUGUUCUGAAGAGUUUGAGUGAAAGACACAAACAAGGAAGGCUCACUGAUCCAUCAGAAGGACACAGAAAUGUCCCAUCAGAGCCACACCAGAGUUUUUCCAAGAAUGUCAUGGGAAAGCAGAUAGCUUUUGAAAGAUUCAAGCAAGUGUGCAACUCAUCGACUGAACAUAUUAAGACUCAGAGGAAUGACACAGAGAAGAAGAUUCGGGAGGACUUUGAGAAGCUUAGACUCUUCCUGGGGAGAGAGGAAGAAGCCAGAAUAGCAGCAUUAAAAGAAGAGGAGACUCGAAAGAUUAAUACUAUACAGAAGUUGACAGAUCUCCGCAGAGACAUCCUUUCACUCUCUGACACUGUGAAAGACCUAGAAAAGCUUUUAGGACCUAAUAGCUCAUUCAUGCAGAACUGCAUUGGUAAGAGCUCAGAAUGCACUGCCAGACCCCCAGCAACUUCCACAAGCACAGAUAAAUGUUUCAGAACACGUGAAAAACCUUCAGAGAAGAGUCUUGGAGAAGAUGAUGAUCGACAAAAUAUUAAGCUCUGCUUUCCUUUUUUGUUUCAGUCCCUCGGUGUGGUGCUUGAGGGUGCUCCACCUGGGGAAUCUAUCAUUGUACUGGGAGACUUUGGUGCUCAUGUGGGCAAUGAGAAUGAGAACUGGAGGGGCGUGACCUGA